AUGAAGUUCACCGGAAUCGCUUUCGCUGGUCUUAUCGGUUACGCUGCCGCCCUGCCGGCCAUGGGCGCCCAGCAAGACUCUGCUCCCAAUGGUGUUCAGGCCAGCGGAGCUCCCUCCUUCCAGGGUGCUGCUCCCUCCGGCUCCCCCCUUCCCCUUCCCUCGGGUGCUCCUCAGGGCCAGGGCCAGGGCUUCGGAGGACAGGGCCAGGCUCCCACCGUGAGCUUGGGCGACGCUCCUCAGCCUCCUCCCACUGGCUCCGCUGCCCCCGCUCCUUCCGGAGCUCCUCGCGGCCACAAGAGACGCCAGCUCGAGAUCCCCGCUUCCGCCUCUAACGUCCCUGCCCCGACCGGCUCCGCCGCUGCUGGAGGUGACUUCGGUGGUGUCGCUCCCUCCGGUGUUGCUGGCGGCAACGGCGCUGCUCCUUCCGGUUCUUUCGGUGGUGCUGCUCCCUCUGGCGUCGCUGGUGGCAACGGCCCCUCUCCCUCUGGCUCCUUCGGUGGCCAGGCCGGCCAGUCUGGCUCUUUCGGCGGCAACGGUGCUGCUCCCUCCGGCGUUGCUGGCGGUAACGGCCCCUCUCCUUCCGGCUCUUUCGGUGGUGCCGCUCCCUCCGGUGUUGCUGGAGGCAACGGUCCUUCUCCUUCUGGCUCCUUCGGUGGCCAGCAGGGUCAGCAGGGUCAGCAGGGCCAGGGCUCCCAGUCCCAGGGCCAGUCCCAGGACUCUCAGUCUCAGGGCUCCCAGUCUGAGCGCUCCCAGUCUCAGGGAUCUGACUCCCAGGGAUUCGACUCCGAGGGAUCUCAGGGCUCUUCCGAGCAGGGCUCCUCCUCUGAGCAGGGCUCUGGCUCCAGCUCUUUCGGUGGCAACGGUGGCGCUGCUCCCUCCGGUGUUGCUGGCGGUGACGGCCCCUCUCCUUCUGGCUCUUUCGGCGGUGCUGCUCCCUCUGGCGUCGCUGGUGGCAACGGUCCCUCCCCUUCCGGCUCUUUCGGUGGUAACGGCGCUGCUCCCUCUGGCAUUGCUGGCGGCAACGGCCCCUCUCCUUCCGGCUCUUUCGGUGGCGCUGCUCCCUCCGGUGUUGCUGGCGGUGACGGCCCCUCUCCUUCUGGCUCUUUCGGCGGUGCUGCUCCCUCUGGCGUCGCUGGUGGCAACGGUCCCUCCCCUUCCGGCUCUUUCGGUGGUAACGGCGCUGCUCCCUCUGGCAUUGCUGGCGGCAACGGCCCCUCUCCUUCCGGUGCUGCUCCUUCCGGCGUCGCUGGUGGUAACGGUCCCUCUCCUUCCGGUGCUGCUGGUGGUGCUCCCGCUGCCUCGGGUGCUCCCGCCGCUGCUCCCUCGGGUGCUUCCUACUAA